GCUAGUGGAGGAGUCGGCUGCUUAGCCAGUUCCCUGCAUCAGCUUCCUUAGUACUGGAGCACCCGUGAAGUGGGCGUUGCAAACUAGAUUCCUGUCUCACAGCUUAGAAAGCGGGCGGUCAGAACUCUAAGCUGGAGCCCGGAGUUCUUAACUAGAACCUAGCCGCCCAGCUAAGAAAUCAAGAGACUUCGUUUCUGUAGGGACACUAAAUUCUGUCCCAUCUGCUGCGAACGGUUUUCGUUGCGCACAGCUGCCUGUCCUUUCUGCAGGGUCAAGGGGCGUCCGAGGCCAUCUGCCUCUGACCGACCUCAUCUGCCCCAAGUUCAGCCAGGCUAAAAAACAACCACCUCUUUGCCAGUAUAGCCUCAGAAUGUCACGUACCGUGUCGUACUGGAUCUUCAAUUCUGCACGGAAUCGAAUUGCUAUCUUACAAGGGGGUAGACGCUUCUACUCAAGGAGUGCCGCAAAUAGGAAUCAACCCAAAUGGAGGCUUUCUUCUCCGGCAUCGUCGACUCUGAAGACCAGUACUCCGAGUGGUGGCUUUGCUCUGCAGAAAGCCUACAGACACACAUCAACCGAGGAAGAGGAUUUCCACUUACAGCUUAGCCCUGAACAGGUCAACGACAUGCUUCGAGCUGGCGAGUCCUCUCACAAGAUUCUUGAUUCCAACAGUGGAGUUCCAAAUUCAGUGUUAAGGUUUGAGAGCAACCAGCUGGCCGCCAAUUCCCCAGUGGAGGACCGGCAGGGUGUAGCUUCCUGCAUGCAAACCAACGGACUGAUGUUUGGCAUUUUUGACGGCCAUGGUGGCCAUGCAUGUGCCCAGGCGGUGAGCGAGAGGCUCUUCUCCUACAUGGCAGUGUCCCUGAUGUCCCACCAAACCUUGGAGCAGAUGGAGGAAGCAAUGGAAAACAUGAAGCCUUUGCUGCCCAUCCUUCAGUGGCUCAAGCAUCCUGGGGAUAGUAUUUAUAAGGAUGUCACAUCCGUACACCUGGACCACCUCCGAGUCUAUUGGCAGGAACUUCUUGACUUGCAUAUGGAAAUGGGGCUGAGCAUUGAAGAAGCACUGAUGUACUCCUUCCAGAGACUGGAUUCGGACAUCUCACUAGAAAUCCAGGCCCCCCUGGAAGACGAGGUGACAAAGAACCUAUCCCUCCAGGUUGCUUUUUCUGGGGCAACAGCUUGUAUGGCCCAUGUCAACGGAGUUCACCUGCAUGUAGCAAAUGCUGGCGACUGCCGGGCUAUCCUUGGUGUCCAGGAAGACAAUGGUGUGUGGUCCUGUUUACCGCUUACCCGUGACCACAAUGCUCGGAAUGAGGCUGAGCUAUCCCGGCUUAAGAGAGAACACCCCGAGUCUGAGAACAGGACUCUCAUCAUAGAUGAUAGGCUGCUGGGUGUCCUCAUACCCUGCAGGGCCUUUGGGGAUGUCCAGUUCAAGUGGAGUAAAGAGUUGCAGCGUAGUGUCCUAGGGAGGGGCUUCGAUACUGAGGCCCUCAACAUCUACCAGUUCACACUGCCCCACUACUACACCCCGCCCUAUCUGACUGCCAAGCCUGAGGUUACAUACCACAGGCUGAGGCCCCAAGAUAAGUUCCUCGUGCUGGCCUCAGAUGGUCUGUGGGACAUGCUGGGCAAUGAGGAUGUGGUGAGGCUGGUGGUGGGCCACCUGUCCAAGGCUGCUUGCCAUAAGCCGGACCUGGACCAAAGACCGGCCAACCUGGGGCUCAUGCAGAGUCUGCUGCUGCAGCGGAAAGCCAGCGGACUCCAUGCAGCUGACCAAAAUGCAGCCACGCAUCUGAUUAGACAUGCCAUCGGGAGCAACGAGUAUGGGGAGAUGGAGCCAGAGCGACUGGCCGCCAUGCUGACAUUACCAGAAGAUGUAGCCAGGAUGUAUCGGGAUGAUAUCACUGUCAUGGUGGUGUUUUUUAACUCAGAGUCAAUUGAUAAAUACUAUAAGGAGGGUUAAGAGUCUCACCCAAGGCCUAACACAAAUACCGUUUAAAACGUUUUCACUUAGUCCUGAGUGAGCCAUUCAAACCUUAUUAAAGAACAGGCAGGUAUAGGUUGCUGAGUGAAUGACUAACAAGGUAAAGAAAUCCAGCCUUAGUGAAAAAGCAUUGGCAAUGAUUUUUGUGUCUAUGUGCACUGAUCAACUCUUCUAUGCAGCAGACAGAAUAAAGAGUCAAACCAGCUUAGGCUCAUGUAGCCCGUGUCCUCUAUAAAAAAACUGUCAAACUGUGUCAUCCUGUGCUUUUAAAGGAUAAAUUUAAAUCAUGAUGCUAAGAAUAAAGAACUUCAGAAUCCUCGGAGA